GCUGUCUGUGUUCUGUGAGCGGAGCUGAGGUAGAGGUUGUUGCGUUCCUUCCAUCUUCUUUCUGUCUGAGACGCUACUGGGUGAAAUAUGAGUGGGCAUGUACAAUCAAGAUCCCAAUCUAAACAAAGAAGAAAUGAUCAAAAGUCUUCCCAGGGAAUUGAUAUUGUGGUUGCCCAGCGGCGCAGUGAUGGGCAACUGAAACAAAAGAAGGCACCAUUUGAGAGUCAGGAUAUUAUACCUGAUCAAGGGAAAGAAGAUAAAGGAGCAUCUGGGUUUGAAGGGCCUGGUCUGAAAGCUGAUCUCUGGGAACUGGCUGAGUCAAAUAUUUGGGGUGAAGGGCAAUCACAGGAUUAAAUGAAGACAAGCUGAAACCAUGCAAACUGUUCUUAUGCUGGAUAUUUCACUGUUAAAAUUCUCUCAAUAAAGUUUUACAACUUUCUCCAAAG